CACUUGCGGCAAACCUGAACACACUUCUCCACCAAAUCACUAGUCCACGGCCAGUCUCACGGCAGGACUGGCAGAGUCAUCAUGUCGAUCGGCUACAGAUUGCUUUCGCUCCUUGUCAUCGUCGUUGGGUCGACGCUGACCUUCUCUGCAGCACAAGGCCUCGACCAACGCUGCACGCUGCUGUCUGGAGGUCCUGGCGUGUGUCGGAGAAUCACUCAGUGUCCGGAAGUAGCUCAGUUUGCCCACAGGCGAGAAGUAAAAUACUGCGGUACACUUGAUCGACUCGCCAUCGUCUGUUGUCCUCAGGAUUCCACCUCAUGUUCCGGCACAGGGAAUAACGACGGCAUCGCUGCGCCGGUAGUUAAUUUCGAGUGCGGACACCAGGGCACGAGGACCCUGUUGCCCUUCGGUGGUCCUCUGUCCCGCCGCCGUCGCCAGAGUCUCUUCGGCCAAAGUAUCGGCAUCGGGGCCCUAGAGGUGAAAGACGAAAGAACGGUUGGCGCCGUAACGUCCCAGAUCAGCGCCUGGCCAUGGAUGGCUCUUCUCGGCGAACUGGACAGCACCAAGACUCCAGCCUGGUUCUGUGCAGGCUCCCUGAUCAACGACCAAUGGAUCCUCACUGCUGCUCACUGCUUGGAUUCCAGAACACCAAGCAUCAUACGACUCGGAGAACACGACUACGACGACCCGAGCGAAACCGAACACGAGGACUACGGAAUCAGCCAAAUUGUCGUCUAUCCCCAUUACGACUCACUACAAGCUUAUCACGACCUCGCACUCAUCAAACUUAGCCAGAGGGUUCAGAUAAAGGACUUCAUCCGGCCUGUGUGCCUUCCGUGGAACCAGAGAAGCCCCUCUCACCUGGUGAACAGUGAAGUCACUGUCACAGGCUGGGGAACGACUCAGCCAGUGUACUUCAUAACACAAAUUCCCGUUCUAAAACGUGAUGCAGGCGGCCACAGGAGUUUGUCGCUGCAGGAAGUUCAGGUGAAUGUGUUCCCCUCGUCCACCUGCCAUGCACAGUACAAGGAACUGAGGAACUUCAAUACAGUUUGGCCUUCUGGAAUCGGCGGAGAGACCAUGUGUGCUGGUACUACUGCAGGGGGCAAAGACGCUUGUCAGGGUGACUCUGGCGGUCCGGCUAUGCACUUAAGCUGCAAACGUUACACACUGGCGGGGGUCAUCUCCAAGGGCUUCGGCUGUGGCCUUCGGGAUUACGCCGGCCUCUACGUCAACAUCCGGCAACUGUUCUACCUCCAAUGGAUCAAAGAGACUGCGUUUUAAGGACGGUCAUGCGGAAGCUCAUGAAUGGUGCUACGGAUUCUCGGCGAUGCCUUUGUUCCUACAUUAAAAACACUUUAUAGAAGAAUUAAAGUUGGCUUUUACAAUCAGUUUUAUAGAAAUAAAAAAAUAAAAAAUAAAUAAUUAUCUCCAGUGAAGUAAAGAAAAUAGGUUCUGAUGUAUAUACUCUUAACUGUUACUGAAAAUCUCAAUUUUUUGUACAGUUAAAUAUUGUUCAUCUUCAGAAUUAUAAUAAAAAAAAUAGUUUUACCAUUA